AGACAGAAGACCUCCAUUCAGGAAACUGAGAGAUGAAGGAGAUGGUUGUGGGAUCCGAGAUUGCCAGGCGAGAGGCGCCGUCACCGCCGCCGCAAGCCCUAGUGGAGAGGCUCAAGGACUACGGCCAGGAAGACGUCUUUUGCCUCUGGGACGAGCUCUCCCAUGAGGAGCGCGAUCAGCUCGUUAGAGACAUCGAGGGCUUAGAUCUUCCAAGGGUUGACCGGAUAAUCCGAUGUUCUCUUGGAUCUCAAGGUCCUCCGCAGCCUGGCAUUGAGCCUGUGCCAGAGUCCUGUGUCUCAACUGUGGAAGAAAGAACUCUUUCCGAAAGAGAGAGGUGGUGGAAGAGGGGAUUGAAGGCCAUCUCGGAAGGGAAGUUAGCAGUUGUGCUUCUAUCUGGCGGGCAGGGAACUCGUCUUGGAAGUUCAGAUCCCAAGGGUUGUUUUAAUAUUGGACUUCCGUCUGGGAAAUCACUUUUCCAGCUGCAAGCUGAACGAAUAUUAUGUGUCCAAAAACUUGCUGCUCAAUCAGCGGAUGGUUCAUCUAGUGUUAUUCCAAUUCAUUGGUAUAUAAUGACUAGCCCAUUCACUGAUGAGGCAACUCGCAAGUUCUUUGAAAGUCGCAAGUACUUUGGCUUAGAUGUUGGCCAGGUUACCUUCUUUCAACAAGGCACCCUUCCCUGCGUUUCCAGGGAUGGUAGAUUUAUCAUGGAGACAGCAUGCAAGGUGGCAAAGGCUCCGGAUGGAAAUGGUGGAAUAUAUGCUGCUUUAAAGUCUUCCAAACUCUUAGAAGAUAUGGCCAUGAGGGGUGUGAGAUACGUGGAUUGCUAUGGUGUUGAUAAUGCAUUGGUUCGUGUUGCAGAUCCAACAUUCUUGGGAUACUUCAUUGACAAAGGUGUAGCUACCGCAGCAAAAGUUGUACGCAAGGCAUAUCCACAGGAGAAGGUUGGUGUCUUUGUGCAGCGAGGAAGAGGUGGACCUCUUACUGUAGUUGAAUAUAGUGAAUUAGAUUCAUCAAUGGCUUCUGAAAUCAACCAGAGCACUGGACGACUACGCUUUUGUUGGAGCAAUGUAUGCUUGCACAUGUUUACUCUUGAUUUCCUAAAUCAAGUGGCACAUGCUCUUGAAAAAGAUAGCAUCUACCAUAUUGCAGAAAAGAAAAUUCCCUCCAUCCAUGGAUCCACCAUGGGUGUAAAGCUUGAGCAGUUUAUCUUUGAUGCCUUUGCAUAUGCUCCUUCAAUGGCACUCUUCGAGGCAUUGCGUGAGGAGGAAUUUGCUCCUGUGAAGAAUGCUAAUGGCGCAAGCUAUGACACUCCUGAUAGCGCCAGAUUAAUGAUUCUCCGCCUUCAUAGUCGUUGGGUUGUCGCUGCAGGAGGAUUUUUAACUCAUUCGGUGCCUUUAUAUUUGACAGGAGUUGAAAUAUCCCCUCUUAGUUCCUAUGCUGGUGAGAACUUAGAAUCCAUAUGCCGAGGAAGAACAUUCCAUGCACCAAGUGAAAUCACAUUCUAGUCGUCAUAUCAACACUUCGUUCCUGCAUUUUCUCAGUUCUGCUUCUCCAAAAGAUUCUUCAGCAAAAACAGUCGUACGUGGUAUGUAUAAACUUGGCUUUGUUCAAUUUUCCCCUUUCCCUUACCAUAUAAAUAUUGUUGUUUGUAAUCUCAGUGUUAUACUCAUUUUCUUUUCUUCUUCUUUGGCUUUUACAUUAAAGCAAAUUGCUAUAUAUAUAUAUAACUGUGUAGAAUUAAAUUUAUAUUUGUAUG